AGAGUCAUUUUCCUACCAACUCGUUGUAACUGGAUUUUGGAGGCAUUACAUUAAAAAAGACGAAAGUUAUCACAGAUGUGUUAAAGAGUGUUCUCCAAAAUAUCCGUAUAUUGGUUCCAGUAGAAAGUGUUUAUCGAACGGUUCGGGUAACAAGGUGCAAAGAGGAAAUAGGAAAUAUUAUAGAGAUGAAAACAUUAACAAUGGCUUCUGCAAUGUUAAUGAUUGUCCUGUGCAAGAAUUUAAGUGUUACUUUAUACAAUGUUUGACUGUAUGUCCUUUUUUCACCGUCACUUACAAUCAUAGCUGUGUGAUUAAAUGUUUUAAUGAUAAACCGUUUAUUAUCAACGGCGAAUGUGUGAAAAAGUGUCCAGAAUGAUAUGUUUUAGACAAUGGUGUCUGCCAAAUGACCUGUUUAAAUGGUCGGUAUAAUUUCAACAACACGUGUGUUGGAAAAUGCCCUAGAAGUAAAGAAUAUCUCAGUGAUAACGUAUGUGUUUCAGAAUGUCUACAUCCAAAAAUGUAUCAAAAUAAGUUAUGUGUUGAUAACUGUUCAGAAAGUUUUGUUCUCGACGGAAGGGACUGCAGGACAGAAUGUCCCUCCGGUUAUUUUGAGUAUCGACAAAAAUAUGUAAAAUUCUGCCCAGAAAGUACACUGGAAGAAAAUCAAAAAUGUGUAAAAAACUGUUCUAAUGGAUUUUUUCAAGUUGAUAAUCAAUGCGUAUUAACUUGCCCGCAAAAUUAUUUCGUCAACGAAUCGAGUAAAACAUGCGUUACUAUAUGCAAGCAGGUUAAAUAUUACGAAAAAAAUAAUACUCUUUGUUUGAAUGACUUUCCGGAGAAAACAGUUGAAGUAAAUUCGACAUGUAUGAGUCAUUGUCCGAAACGUCAACCGUUUUUACAUGGGAAGUCAUGUCUCUCAAGAUGUCCGGAUUUGUAUAGAUUUGUAGAAAAGAAAUUAGGACUGGACAAUUCAUUGACAUAUAUUUGUGUAGAAAAGUGUUUAAAAUACGCAUCUUCAGUAAGUAACUUAUGUGUUGAUGCCUGUUCUUCGGGUGAAGUCUUGUCUCAAGAAAUUUGUCAGGAAGAAUGCCCAGAUUCUAAUCCAUAUAAAGUACAUCUGCCUGCAACUUUAUUAGAAGGAGAAUUAAAUAUAAGCACAUCUUCUUACAUAACAAAUCCAAUCAAUGCAUUUGUAGUUUGCGCCACAGAAUGCCCAUCAAACUUUGUCAAUGAUAAUGGUGAAUGUUAUGUCGAUUGCCCAAAUGCCAAGAAAAAUAUGAUUUUUAAUUCAAGCUGUUUGCAACAUUGUCCUGAAGAUUACUCGUUUAUUAUAAAAAAGAACAACACUUAUUUAUGUACAAGCUACUGUGAAAAUUUACGCUUUCGACACACAUGCUUAGAUAGAUGUCCGGGCACUCAUCCCGCAAUAUAUAGAGGGGAAUGCGUACAAUGUAGCCAAAUUGGAAUGUAUGAACAAAAUCAAACGUGUGUUAACAAUUGCGACUUUGUUCGUUUCAAAGACCAUUGCUACAAUUCAUGUCCACAUGUUGCUAAAUAUGUGUACAACGGAAUUUGCAUUGAGUCAUGUCCUUCAAAUGCUAGCAAAGUAGAUGAACAACACCAUGGUCUAUACCGACUCCUUGUUUGUACUGAUAAAUGUCCUGAUGAUAAGUUCAUUUAUGGCACUAAUUGCGUAUCCAAUUGUCCGAAUCCGAAUACUGCACUACAUAGAGGGGAAUGCAUACAAUGCAGCCAAAUUGGAUUGCAUGAAGAAAACAAAACUUGUGUGAACAUUUGCAGCGUUGUACGUUUCAAGGACCAUUGCUACAAUUCGUGUCCAAAAGAUGCUAAAUAUGUGUACAACGGAAUUUGCUUUGAGUCAUGUCCUCCAAAUGCCAGCAAAGUAGAUGAACAACAUUCUGAGCAAUUAAACAUUUUGGUUUGCAUAAAAACGUGUCCUUCAGGUAAAUUUUUGUUUGGAAAUCAUUGCGUACACAGUUGUCCUGAUAGCAAACGUCUACCAGUUCAGAGCAAAUGCAUGGCAUGUCAUGAAGUUGGAAAGUAUGACGAUGGAUCAAAAUGUGUUGAUGAAUGUCCAGACCUUAGGAAUGAGUUUCGCUGUGUAUCUAAAUACUGCCCACAAAAUUUAAAGAUAUUCAACAAAACAUGCGUUCCUGAUUGUCCUGCUAUGGCGCCCUUUGUAAGUGACAUAACUAGUGGUUAUCUAUCUCAGUUUGAAUGUGUGGAAAGCUGUAAGGAUAAAACAUAUACGAAAAACAAUAGAUGUGUACAAUGGUGUGGUGAUGGGUUUUACGUUUAUAACAAAACGUGCAUUAAAAAGUGUCCGGAUGACGCGCCAUUGAUCUCAACUUCGGAGGACUUUAUUUACAACGCAGAGUGUCUACAGCAAUGAAAGGAAUCGUAUUUUUCUUUAAAUAAUAAGUGUUUGAAAAAAUGCCCGGAAGGGUAUUUCGCUGACGCACACCGAUGCAUUCGAAGUUGUACAUCAAAGAAUCCGUAUAGAUAUGGUAAUCUUUGUGUGCAAAGUUGUCGUACUCUUCGUCUAGGAAUGAACUGCUACGAUAAAUGUCCUCAUAAAACUUUUCAGUAUAAUGAUAAAUCCUGUGUGCAGGAUUGCCCUUCAAUAACACCAUACAACUAUAAAGGCAAAUGUGUACAAGUUUGUAAAUAUUUCUUAAUAAAAAAAACCUGUCAUGAAGAGUGUCCUUACGGGCUGGUAGGAUAUCAAAAGAAGUGUCAUCUAAAGUGUCCAUCCGAAGCAAAAUAUAGAUACAAAUGGGAAUGUUUUAAAAAAUGUCCAAAUAUUACCAUACUUAAUCCACUGAAAUCAGUAUGCUUCGAUUCAUGUCCCCAUGGAAAGUUAAAGUAUCAGCAAAUAUGUUAUAAUCGAUGUCCAUUGCAGGCGCCGUAUAAUUUCAAAGGAGAAUGUGUGAAAUCUUGUGACGGUUAUUUGGAUGGUUUCAAAUGUUAUAAACAAUGUCCAACGGGAAGGUUUGUUUUUAAUGGAAAAUGCAUUCCGAAAUGCCCCCAAAACGCUUCUUUUAUAGACAGUAAGAGGUGUGUGAGCUCUUGUCCGUAUUUCCAUGACGAUUAUUUGAAUUGCAUCAGAAAGUGUCCUAAAUAUUCUUAUCCACACGGAAAACACUGUAGAAUUGGCUGUCCAUCAUCUCUUCCUUUUAUAAACUCUCGUUAUGAUCAUGAUGAAUGUUUAGAAAAAUGUGAUAGUUUCAAAUAUGCUACAGAAAACUACAGUUGUAUAUACCAUUCGGAAUGCAGUGCCUUUAUCUAUGAUGAUACGUGGUGUUUUCAGAAAUGCCCCUCUAAUGCCUAUAUACUACGAUCGAAGGAUAAACUUUGUAAAUCUCUGAAACCAGUCUACAUAAUGAUCUGCAUUUUAUCCGUAAUAGUUAGUAUCAACGUUGUAUUUGGAGUGAGAGUUCUUUGCCAUUACAUCAAAAUGCGAUUGGAUAAAAAACAGAGAAUCGUCCGGUCGGAGAAUGCUGGCUUUACCGAAGAGGUCAACCUACUUGAAAUUAUUGAAACGUGAACUUAAAUAUCAACAAUAAGACACAUGCAUAGAAAUUGAGACUUAUCUAAUGGAAUAUAAAACCCUAAAGUUCGUUGUUACAAUUUUAAAAAUCAUGGAGGAUUUACAACGUGUCGUUUUUGUAAUGAUUUUACAUAUUAAAGAAACUUC